UUCAGUGGUGUCUACCUUGUGGGAGGUCCUCGAGGCCGCUGAGGUCGUUGGUGUCUGUUGAACAGCUUGUGGAAGUCGUGCUUCUUUGGGUAGGAGGUUAAAGUCGUUCUUGAGCGGAACGUCUCUGUCCGAAGAGAAAAUGAGUUUAGCUCUGAGAAAUGAACUUGUGGUAGACAAAACAAAGAGGAAAAAAAGGAGAGAACUCUCUGAAGAACAGAAACAAGAAAUCAAAGAUGCUUUUGAACUGUUUGACACCGACAAAGAUGAAGCAAUAGAUUAUCAUGAAUUAAAGGUGGCAAUGAGAGCCUUGGGGUUUGAUGUAAAAAAAGCUGAUGUACUGAAGAUUCUUAAAGAUUAUGACAGAGAAGCCACAGGGAAAAUCACCUUUGAAGAUUUUAAUGAAGUUGUGACAGACUGGAUAUUGGAAAGAGAUCCACAUGAAGAAAUAUUGAAGGCAUUUAAACUAUUUGAUGAUGAUGAUUCAGGUAAAAUAAGCUUGAGGAAUUUGCGACGUGUUGCCAGAGAAUUGGGUGAAAACAUGAGUGAUGAAGAACUUCGAGCUAUGAUAGAAGAAUUUGAUAAAGAUGGUGAUGGAGAAAUAAAUCAAGAGGAGUUCAUUGCUAUUAUGACUGGUGACAUUUAAAGAAUUACAAGGAUAAACACCAAGAAUGUUGCAGUUACCAUCUUAUAUUCUAUUUUUGUGCUUGGAGGCGUGUAAAAAAACUACCAACUUAGUUCUUUUUUCCAAAGGGCCCAAAAAUGUACAUCUUAUGUACUCAUAUUUUACUACUGUUAAGUUUCUUUGUAUGAACGGUAUUGUUAGUAGUCUAAUAGUUCAUAACUUUGUAUUUAUAAUAUAGCUUUUAUAUAUAUAAAGUUUAAAAAAUUGAAUCAUGUGGUACACAUUCUUGGAAGGUUUUUUAUUCAGUAUAGUAGUCACUUUUGUUUUGGUGCACAUGUUUUCCAGACUUUCAUUAAUAAAAUGUUUAUUUUAAUAGUAUUUUGAAGUUUUGUAAAUUUUGUUUUAUUUUUAUUCCAAAUAUCUAUUAACCCUCAAUAGUAUCUUUCUUAAAUCUGUUCUCUUUAUAUUACUGGUUUUAGAAACAAAAUUGAAAUACAAAUAGCAAUAGAAUACCACAUUUUUCUUUUACAAGUUUGACAUUUUAUGUUUCCAUACAAGAUGAUCACUCAAUGUAAGGAUAAUUCCUUUUCUAAGAGUCAUGUCUGUUAGUUUGGAGGGAAAAAGUAUUGCGCGUAUAGAUCCAUUUAUCCUGGUGUGUUAUGUUCUAUAAUGCUUGGUAUCUUAACGUUAAGUUGUGACAGUUAAAUAUGGAUAUUUCCUUCUUAAACUAAUCGAAUACAGUUUGAAUCAUCUAACUUCUUGACAAAGUGAAAGAUUUAAAUUUUGGAAUUUUGAUCUGUUAAGGUAAUUAUCAUUCAGUUAAACGUCACAGUGAUGAAAAUAGGAAACUGUAAGCCACAGAAAUCGUUUAAGACUAUGUUUUACCUGUAUAAAGGAACAUUCUGUAAUUCACCAGGAAACAGUAGAGACAGACUUUGCAGGUAUUGGUGGGCUCUUUUGCCUUGUAAAAGUUUGUUGGGGGAAACAGUGGUUAGGGGACAUGGCUCAUAGGGGAAUGUUAUCUGUACUGAUCUUUGACUAACAAUCUGGUUCCUGGUAGUAUGGGCUCUUCCAGUAAUAAAGUUGAGUUGUCUAUUUUAGUGACCUUUCCUUAGAUUUCUUCUUUUAAGUCUGAAGUACUGUAACAAUAUGAGGCACUUUAAAUGUUGUGAGCCUCCUAGAAUAUUACAUCAAGAGAUAUCCACUAGAAAUUUAACAAAAAAUCAGUAGGGAAUAAUAUAACAGUGGUGGCAUUUCAAAGACUUAUCUAGAAAGCAAGUUAAUUGUUCAUAUUAAAAUUUGAUUAAAAAUAUGAAAUCAAUGUUUACAGUAGUAACAAUGUCCAAGGCAACAAAUAGUCUUAGAAAUUUUAAAAGUUUUAUCAGCCUUACUGAUUAAUUGCCUUCUAGGUCUUGAUCACAAAAUAUGUUAAUUUCCAGGAAAUUGAAGAAAAAAGAAAAUGAAGAAUAAGACACAGAUAAAAAUAAAUCUAGCCUUGCUAGUCUUUUACCACUUCAUUGGAACAAAUAACCUAAGCUGCUUUUUGUAACAGAGAUAACUUCUUUUUUCUUAAUAUAAAUACUCCUUGGGAUACAA